AUGUGGCGUAAUAUUGGACGAUGUUGUACCACCAAACGAAUGUAUCAAAUUCGUCGUAAUGCUCACAAUACAAGCAAUCAUUUGGCUUAUUUGAUAUUUUUAAUUAGUACCGCAACUGUAAUUACUCAAAUUAUACGUGCUGAAAGAUUAUCAUCAAUUACACCUUGUGCCUAUCCAUUACUAUCCGAUACAGUACGUUGUGGUAUUGAUGAUGUAAAUUUGAGGAAAAGUGUUCGAAUAUGUGAUCCUGAUAAAGUAAUUAGCAUGUCUGAAAUAGAAGUUAUCAAGAAUAAGCUUGAUACCAUAUAUAGCCGUAAAAAUAAAUCAUGCCUUUGCGGAUUUGAUCAGAAAAAACCAUGUUGGUUUCGAUUUGGUUUUGCAUUUUUAAGUCGAAUGUUUCCAGUUGAAUCAGGUGUUUCACAUUUUUACAGUCGUGAAUUCUGUCCAACAAACAAAUCAUUGUUAAGUUACAAGAAAAGUUACACAUUAAUGGAUUCAACAAGAGAAUCCAUAAUUAAUUAUGGUAAAAAUUUUGCACGUCUAUUGCGUGAACGUUGGUUAAUGGGUGAAUGUGACGAGGAUAUACUAUUUUUUAUCUUACUUAAAAGGCCAAGUCAGCUUAUGCGUAGGAGCACAUUAUCGUAUUUAGCAUCCAGAACGGUACAACAAACACCGUAUAUUUUUGCAUCAUAUGGUUCGUUGGUUCGAGAAAAAAUUGAUCCAUAUCAUUCAUUAUCAUUUAAUGACUUCUCAAUUAAUCAACAACAACAGCAACAACAACAACAGCAACAACAUUAUAUCGAUCCAUUACAACAAAUUGUUGAAUCAGAAAAUGUAAAUUUUGAAAAUGGUUAUUCUUUAAAAGUGGUAACAGAAAAUUUGUUGGAUCGAUUUGAGGCAACACUUUCACAGGAAUAUACAUUACCACAUUCUCGAAAUCAUAUACCGGAUUGGGCAACAAUUGUUUUCAUCAUAUGUGCCUUACUUUGUCUACUAAUGUUAAUUGGGUAA